CUUAGUGACAGGGAUAAGCUAGCGCCAGAUUGACGCUAGGUCUAAAAACGAAAACACAAUUUCCGUUUCAGAGCAAACCCCUAGUCGGAUUGACGACAAUCAUGCUAUCGUGAAAGCAUUCAUCAUGAUGUUUAUAAUCAAAUUUUUCAACGCGAAUUCAUCUGUCUAGCCUACAAGAGCAAUAUAAGGUGAGCUGCUUUACCGCGUAUUAGAUUCAGUUACUUAUCGCCGUCAAAUUAACGACAAAUUAUGAAUAGCGAACAGAAACGAAGCAGGAUUUCAACCCAGCUACAUUGUAUAGAUGCAUAAUUUGCAUCUUAUAAACUGCCACUAAAGCAAAUCGUGAUUGAUAAGAACUCGUACUAUAAAUAAGAACGGCCGGCAACAGUGUUUUAAGUUUCUAAUGAAUAUUACGCGAACGCUUGAUAGGAUGAGAGGCAAAAAAACAUCUGGAGUGAAGUUUGUUUGCAACCGACGAAAACCAAAUCCAAAAGUUAAAGUGUAACGACACAUUCUUUGCUUCACUUAAAAAAAUUACUCUUUAUCAGUCGUGCUAAUGGUUAUUGAAUGAAUGAAACCUGCGUGACAACAUAAUUUUUGUUUCUUUUUUGGUGUACAUAUUUGGGUUCUGAUGCCACAUCAUGCUUCUUGCGAAAAUUGGACAGGAGAGACGCAAUCGCGCUUUGGAAUCCCAUUAGCUGGAGGACGGGCGUAAAUUGGUCUAGCUCGGUGCCAUUAGCGAUGCAUCGCUUAUCAGUAGACGGGCAGUAAACGAUGCUGCCAGUUGUUUAUGUACUGCGAGAAAGGUGUAUGUAGUUUAAUGGAGUACAUGCAAAAAUCAAUCUAUAUGUGAACGUGGGCGACGUCAAUAUGGGGGAUUGUAGUCGCAGCGCAUUAGUCGGUCUGUUUGUAAACAUUCCGGGAACGCUGUCGGAACUCAAUAAGAUUAUAUGAGCACAUCGACUGAGGAAAGUGAUUUGCGCCGACCAGGAAAACGAAAGCAACUCGGAGAUCAGAGAGUUACACCAGACUUGGCAACAGCCGUAUGCGGCAAAAAGCCCACAUAUUGCGUGAUCGGAGCCGGAACGGCUGGCCUGUGUGCAACCCGCCACGCCCUUCAAUCCGGCGGCGAGGUGACCGUAUUCGAAAUGGCCAAACAGCUCGGCGGUACUUGGGUGUAUAACGAACAGGUGGACAAAAACGAGUAUGGCAUCGAUGUGCACUCGAGUAUGUACAAAGGACUGCGGACUAACCUACCGAAGGAGAUCAUGGGUUAUCCGGAUUUCCCGAUUCCGGAACAGGACAGUAGCUAUAUACCGGCGGAGGAUAUGCUUGCCUUCUUUCAGCUGUUUUCCGACAGUUUCGGGAUAACGGAAAACAUCAAGUUCAACCACUAUGUGAUACGAGUUAAACCAACUAAGGAUGAGAAGCAGUGGGAGGUAAUUGUUCGCGAUUGUCCCAACGAUAAGCUGGAUACGUACUAUUUUGACUUCGUGUUAAUAUGCAAUGGUCACUACCAUACGCCAAAGUUACCGAACUAUCCGGGAACGAACAUAUACAAAGGAAAACAAAUGCACAGUCACGAUUAUCGAUGCAAUGAUCCAUUUGUGGGUGAUACCGUUCUGGUAAUCGGUGCUGGUCCAUCUGGGAUGGAUCUUGCCCAUGAGAUAUCGAAGAAAGCAGACCGCGUCACAUUGAGUCACCAUCUCAAGGAUAAACCUCAAACGGUUUUCUCAGACAAUGUAACACCAAAACCGGACGUUGUUCGGCUGACAGAAACGGGUGCCGUUUUUGAGGAUGGAACCUCGCAGGAUUUUAGUGUCAUCUGCUACAGUACCGGUUAUAGGUACACGUUUCCCUUCCUAAGUUGCGACUGUGGAAUCAUCGUAGAAGAUAACUACGUCCAGAAGUUGUAUAAACAUUGCAUCAACAUCCGCUAUCCGUCGAUGGCGUUCAUCGGUUUGCCCUACUACGUUUGCGCUGCUCAGAUGAUGGAUCUGCAGGCAAGGUUUUGUAUCAAGUUUUUCAGCGGUGCCAAACAGUUGCCUUCGAGGCAGGAAAUGGAAGAGGAUACCAGUGCGGAAAUGGAGGAACGCUGGCGCCGAGGUUUGAAGAAGAGACAGGCCCACAUGAUGGGACCCCAGGAGGAUCGGUACUAUGACGAUUUGGCUACGACGGCGGAGGUGGAUCCCAUCAAGCCGGUUGUGAAGAAACUGCAUAAGCUGUGCGCAUUUAGGUUCAGUGAAGAUUUGGUUAACUUCCGGAAUGACAAGUUCCGAAUUGUGGACGAUGAGACGUAUGUUAAGAUUUGUUAGAUAAGGGUAAGGUAGUUAUGGGUUAUUCACUAUUUAUAUUAAACACUUAAAUAAAAAUAUUGAUCUAAA